UUGUUCCGUAACCGGGGAGUGAAGGGCGGCCCACGUCAGGCCGCAGGCUGUGGCUGUAGCAGCAGCAGCACCGCCACCACAACUAGCACCUGUAACCCCCCGGGGCGCCGCCUGAAGCGGGGAGCAGACGCCGGCAGCUUCUCCAGAGGUGCUACAUUAACAAGAAUUGAAAUAUAACUGGAUUACCCGAGUGUUCCACGGAUCGCUCGGCAUUGAGUGGGGACGGGAGCUGCUCGAUGUCACAUCUCGGUUGGAGCAGCGGACAAAUAUCUUCCUGACAUGGGACAAUUGCUGCCUCACGUUCAAGUUCUGGUUGGUUCUUGAUGCUGUCAAUCCUGUCGGCACCGCUGCGGAACAUGAAUGGAAUUGGUAUUUAACGAAGCCGCUGUGGUGCAGCGAAUUACUCGCCUGGUUUGGAUGACUUUUACGUAUCUCACUGGGGAAGGACAUGGAGAACCGCGUUAUUACGUUUCGCCAUUGUGAGAAAGACAUUUAUUGCUUUAAUGUCCCAGAGGAAUGUCCGAUCUGCGGCCAGAGCCUCGCAGGACGCGGACUGGACGAGGCCCCUGUCUGUAUUCCCAACUGCUUUGUAGAUGGACAUCAUGAGAAGUGUUCAUUCCUGAUCAAACCGACUCACGGAUCGUUCCUCAGAGAAUAUGAUGGAAAAGGUGACCUUCAUGUUGCCAUCUCAAAUACACAUGGAGUUGUGUACAACUACAUUGAAACUGGUGUUCAAAGAGAUGAUUGCGGUUGGGAGGAAUGUAUCUCUGUUCCAUUGGUACAACCGGACAUGUACAAUUUAAUUAACCAGUGGGAUAUUUACCUGGAGCAAUUCUCCACUGCAGAUGUAUGGCUACCAAACAGGUACAAUGAAUAUGAGCACAACUGCUACUCCUACGCCUUGACCUUCAUCAACCGUGUCCUGGUGGCACAAAGCAAACGACAGCUGAGUAGGACAGAAUUUACCGAGAGGUUUGUGGUUCCACGGACAAAGCGAGCCUCCAAAUACAUCACACUUUAUCGAGAGUUAUGCAGGAGCUACUUUUAUAUUACAGAUGACUUCCAGACUGAAGAAGUUAGCAGCCAGUUUUAAAGAUAAGCAACUGCAGCAGUGACUGCUCUUUCCCACAUUUUUGACAAAAAUAUUAUUGACUCAGCGAAACAUGAAAAAGAAAUAAAGACAUCUGAUUUGGAAAAUUACUUUUCUUACAUCCAUUAGUCACAAUGUAAUCUUAUUGUAAAUUAACCUAAUUAUUUUUCUAAAUAAUACAAAUUAUUAAAUGAUUAAUAUAUAAAUGAUUGAUGUAUUUUUUUUGCAAUGCGUGUCAACAAUCCAGAAUUCUUUAUUGUCCUCAAGAUCACAAGAACUUGUACUUCAUAAACAUUGGUCAGAACAACAAGGUCAUACAGCUGGAAUCAAGUCCUCUAGCCAAAUUCAUCUAUGCUGACCAAUUAUUAUAACUGAUAGAUAAAAUGCUGGAGUAACUAAGCGGGACAGGCAGCAUCUCUGGAGGGAAGGAAUUGGUGACAUGUCGGGUCAAGACCCUUCUCCAAAUGUCUUUUAAACGUCACCUCUACAGGUUUAUCUGGCAGCACAUUUCAUAUACACAUCACCCUCUGCAUGAAGAAAUUGCCCCUCAGGUCUCUUAAAUCUUACCCCUCUCACUUUACAGUAAGUCUAUGCCCUCAAGUUCCAGACUUUUCUACCCUAAGAAAUUGUGACCAUUUAUCUUAUCCAUGUCUCCCAUGAUUUUGUAUACUUCUCAGCCUCCUAUCCUCCAGGGGAAAAUGCCCUCGCCUAUGCAGCCUUUCCUUAUAACUCAAUCCCUUGAGUACAAGGAACACCUUAGUAAAUCUUUGCUGCACCCUUUCCAGCUUAAAGACAUCCAUAGUAGGGUGACCAGAACUGCAUGUGGUCUCACCAACAUCUUGGACAACUGUAGCAUAACAUCCCAACUCCUGUAAUCAAUCUCCAUACGAAUGAAGGCAAGCAUGCCAGAUAUCACCCUGGUGCCAUUUUCACAGUAUACUUGCAUCCACACAGUAUACUUGCAUCUGUUCUUUGGCUCAUUUCCCUAGUUGAUCCAGAUUGCCCUCUUCAGAGUCCACUACACCAACAAUUCUGAUGUCAUCAACAAAUUUACUUACCAUUUUAACUGCAUUGUCAGCCAAAUUGUUAAUAUGCUGUAGAAGUCAAACAACAGUGGACCCAGCACAGAUCCCAGAGACACACCACUGGCCACAGCCCUCCAUUCAGAAAAACAACCUUCCAUUACCACCCUCUGGCUCCUUCCACCAAGCCAAUUUUGAAUCCAGUUGUUACUCGCCUUGGGUUCCAUGUGAUCUGACCUUCCAGACUAGCCAACCAUGCAGGACUUUAUCGGAGGCCUUGCUAAAGCCCGUAUAGACAACGUCCACCAACCGGCUCUCAUCAUUCCACUGCGACAUUUUAAAAAAACUCAUCAAAUUUGUGAGUCACAAUUACUUAUGCACAUCCUUUCUAACUCUGGUAAAUCCUGUCUUUGAGAAUCCCUGACAAUAAUUUACCGCUACUGAACUACCGGUCUGUAGUUCCCUCCAGUCCUCUGUAAUUCCAACUAUAGCUAAAGAUAAAGCAAAUAUCUCUGUCAGGCUCAUAGCAAUUUCUUCCCAGUUCACCACAAAGCCCAAGACGAGUGUGUUUAGGGUGUGGUGUUGUGUUGAUUCAAGCGAUCUUUGCAACCCUGCCUAUGUAAUACAAUAAAGCAGCUGGGGUUCCUUACAAUGAGACUCAACAAGUCACCUUGUUGAGUCUCAUUGUAACUCGUUUUCACCCAGCUC